CCGCAGAGACCUCACCAAAGGCCCGGGAGGUUUCUCCCGCGUGGCACUGGGUGGAAAAGUGGCGUUUCUGCGGCACUAGCUGUAGGUGACUGGGGGGCCGGCACUGGGGUUUGCAUUGAGAAGACGGAGGCUACUGGCGCCCAGAAUCGAGGCAUUGCCGCUGCCAAGCGGGCAGGGGCUCCAGUGGGCUCCAGUGGGCUGCAGGGCGCAGAGAAGCUGGGACCUGAGCUGGAAGGACUCAGGGGGUUCACACUGCCAAGUUACAGCCCUGGGGCGGCGUGGGGAGUGCAGAGGAGCAGGUGUCUCCCGCGCCCGGUGCCCCCGGCGAAGCGCAGCCCCGGCUGCCGGGAAGCGAAGCGAAGCGAAGCGCCGCGCCGCGCCGCGCCAGGGAAGCUGCUCGCAGGUCGGAGGGGACCCGCCAUGGGCUGCUCCGGCCCGGCCGCCUCCUGCCUCCUGCUGCUGCUGGGCUCGGCGCCUCUGCUGCGAGGGCUGCCGCUGAAGGAUGUGUCGCCCGUGACCCUCUCCCCACAGCUGGAGGUCUCCUCGCUGGGGGGCCAGGCCAGUGGCUCAGCCCUGGGGGGCUCCGUGCCUCCCCCUGGGGUCCCUGAGGGUCUGUCUGAGCUGCUGCAGGGCGUCCUGCUGAAGAAGGACUUUCUGGGGCAGGCCGAGCCUCUCCCUGGCAGCCCCUCGGCCCCGCGACCCCCGGCCUCGCUGUUGCCUCCCCAGCGCCUGGACCCCGGGGUUCUCGGCACAGACACGGCCUCUCCGCUCACCACGGUGGUGCUGCCCCCCCAGCCCACUGCCCCGGGGGGCCCCAGCUUUCUCACCACCCCCCCGGGCUCCACCGCCACCCCCCUUCGCCUGCUGCCCCCUCCUGCAGGGGGCGACGAGGGGGGCCAUGUUGCCAUGACAACCUACAUCCCCGAGGGCGAUGAGGAAACCACGACAACGCUCAUCACUACGACGACCAUCACCACGGUGCACACGCCCGUCCUUUGCAAUAACAACAUCUCGGAGGUGGAGGGCUACGUGGAGUCCCCAGAUUCCGCGGGGGCUGCGUUCUACGGGGGGCUGGACUGUAGCUACAGCAUCCGGGUCUACAUGGGCUACGGGGUCGAGGUGCAGGUGCAGACGCUGAACCUGUCCAAGGACGACUCCCUCACCGUGGAGGGGCUGGGGGGCGAGACGCCGGCCAUCCUGGCCAACCAGUCCCUGAUGGUGGAGGGUCAGGUGAUCCGCAGCCCAACCAAUCAGGUGCUGAUCCACUUCCGGAGCGACCACGCCACCACCCCCAGCGUCUUCAAGUUCCACUACCAGGCCUUUCUGCUGAGCUGCGGCUUCCCCAGCCGGCCGGAGAACGGGGACGUGAGCGUCACUGACCUGCACCCGGGCGGCGCCGCCACCUUUAAGUGCGAGCUGGGCUUCCGCCUGCGGGGGGAGGAGACCCUGGUCUGCCUCAACGUCAGCCGCCCCCGCUGGAGCGGGGCCAGCCCCACCUGCGCGGCGGCCUGCGGGGGGGCCGUGCAGAACGCCUCCCACGGGCGCAUCGUGGCCCCCGAGGGGCUGGGCGGGCGCGGCGCCAACCUGAGCUGCCAGUGGCUCCUGGAGGCGCCGGACGGGCAGCGGCUCCACCUGCACUUCGAGCGCCUGGCGCUGGACGAGGACAACGACCGGCUGGUGAUCCGCAGCGGCAGCAGCCGACUCUCCCCGCUGAUCUACGACUCGGACAUGGACGACGUGCCGGAGCGCGGCCUCCUGAGCGACGCCCAGAGCCUCUUCCUGGAGCUCGUGUCCGAGAGCCCCGGCGCUCCCCUCAUCCUGGGGCUGCGCUACGAGGCCUUCGACGAGGAUCGGUGCUACGAGCCGUUCCUGGCGCAUGGGAACUUCAGCACGUCCGACCCGCUGUACCGGGUGGGGGCGCAGGUGGAGUUUGCCUGCAGCGCCGGGUACAUGCUGGAGCAGGGCCCAGCCACCAUCGAGUGCGUCGACCCCUCUGACCCGCAUUGGAACGAGAGCGAGCCCACCUGCAAAGCGCUGUGUGGGGGGGAGCUGUCAGACCCUGCCGGCGUGGUGCUCUCCCCCGACUGGCCCCAGAGCUAUGGCAAAGGCCAGGACUGUGUCUGGAAUAUCCGGGUGCAGGAGGAGAAGCGGGUCCUGCUGGAUGUUGAAAUCUUAAACAUCCGGAAGAGUGACAUGCUGACGGUGCUGGAUGGCGAGGACCUGACGGGCCGGGUGCUGGGGCAGUACAUGGGCGCCCACCCCCGCUUCCGCCUCUACACCUCGGCCAGCGCUGCCACCCUGCAGUUCCAGUCGGACCCCAGCGACCCCCUCUUUGGCCUCAGCCAGGGCUUCCUCAUCCGCUUCUCUGAGGUGCCCCGGAACGACACAUGCCCGGAGCUGCCAGAAGUGGAGUUUGGCUGGCGCACGGCCUCGCACGCGGCUGCCAUCCGGGGCACGGUGCUCACCUAUCAGUGCGAACCGGGCUAUGACAUCGUGGGCUCCGACAUCCUCACCUGCCAGUGGGACCUGGCCUGGAGCAACAGCCCCCCCACCUGCCAGAAGAUCGUGAACUGCGCUGACCCGGGGGAGAUCGCCAAUGGGAAGAGAAGUGUCUCAGACCGACGCUUCUCCAUCGGCUCCCACGUCCAGUACUUCUGCCAUGAGGGCUACGUGGUGGAGGGGAGCAGCACCCUGACCUGCUAUAACCGCGACACCGGAACCCCCAAAUGGAGCGACCGCGUCCCCAAGUGUGUCUUGAAGUACGAGCCGUGUCUGAACCCCGGCGUGCCCGAGAACGGCUACCAGACGCUCUACAAGCAUCACUACCAGGCAGGCGAGUCGCUGCGUUUCUUCUGCUACGAGGGCUUCGAGCUCAUCGGGGAGCUGACCAUCACCUGCGUCCCGGGGCACCCGUCCCAGUGGACCAGCCAGCCGCCUCUCUGCAAAGUGGCGUAUGAGGAGUUACUGGACGACCGGAAGCUGGAAGGUCAUUUAAAUUACAGGCCCAAGGGGCUCAUCACCCAGACGACAGACCCCUCCCACCAGAUAGAGGGGGGUAACAUCGCCCUGGCGAUCUUCCUGCCAAUCAUCCUGGUCAUUCUCCUGAUUGGUGGAAUUUACAUCUAUUACACCAAGUUCCAGGGCAAGUCCCUGUUCGGCUUCUCGUUCUCCAGCUCCCACAGCUACAGGCCCAUCACCGUGGAGUCCGACUUCAGCAACCCGCUCUACGAGGCUGGGGACACCAGGGAAUACGAAGUGUCCAUCUGACGGGGCCGUGUUCCCAGUCCGGAGCGAGGGGGCGUCUUGCGGAAGGGAAGAGACGACGGGGGUGUGUGAAGGGGGGGCUGCACGUGGAGGAGGGGCCAUGUCCUAUCUCUCUGCUCAUGCCAUCCCAGAAUGCCUUGCUCCCCCACACCUCCCCUCCCACUUUGUACAUAUCCAGGUCUGUGUGCCAACACUCACACUUUUCUGCUUUGGUAAUUAGUUAAUUUAUAACCCCGCCCCCGGUUUAUUUAUUUAUUUAUUUAUUUAUUUAUUUACUCGACCAUGGCUGGCGGGGGGGGGGAGCUGUCCUUCUAUCCCUCCCCCCAAACCCCUCUCUUGGGUGGUGGGAGCUGCCGACCCUACAAAAACAACUGGAUGUUGUCGGAAACCCUACACUAACAAACAGUCCCAACACAGUGCACACAGCCCCACGGCUCUCAGGAGACCCUACAAUAACGUAGGCCCACCCUGCAGUAACCAUGCACAAAGCCCUGUGGCUUGUGGGGCCCUGUAGUAACUAAGGGGGGCAGCCGCCUUGGGGUUUGCAGGAGACCCUACAAUAAUAUAUUAGGACGCAGAGCUCUGGAGCAUGUAGCGUAUCGUCUGAGACCAUCCAAUAACAAACCAGGCCUCUUCCCCCCCCGCCCCGCCCCCACCUUGUGACGCUGUCCUUCCCUGGAAGGAAAAAGCCAGAAGAUAUUUAUUCCCUUAAACAAUAAAUACCUUCCCGUGGUUUACACCGCAUCCCUUUAAGGGCAUUCAAGGUAGGAGGCUAUAGCUCUUUCAGGGUAAAAACAAUUCCCCGUCGCUCCUUUUCGGCAUAAAACGCAGGCGAUAGCUAUUCCUGAACAUGUCCCUUUGAGGGUAAAAGAGGAGGAUUUAUUUUCACAAUGCUCCUUUAAGGCUAAACGUAAUUCUUAAUCAUUACCUUUAAGAGUAAAAUACUGGCCCAUGGAUACCCCUGAACCCACCCCUUUAAGGAGUCAAAAAAGAGACAGGAGGACACUGAGUUAAACAUCAUCCCUUUAAGGCUGAAACAUAUUUACAACUGACCCUUUCCCCUUUAAGGAUUAAAACACAGGAGGAUAUUUAGUUGAACAGCAUUCCUUUAAGGAUAAAGGCAGGGGGGAUAUUUACUUCUAUACUCACCCCUUUGAGGAUAAAAAACAGGAGGACACUUAUCUUUAAAGGGAUGUUAUUUAAAGUGUCCUCCUAUCUGUUAUUCUUAAAGGGAUGGGUACAGUCAUUUAUAUCCUCCUGCGUUUUGUCCUUAAAAGGACAUUGUCAAAAUGAAAUGAUGGGAGACAGUUCCCAUAUUCCUCUGCUACGUCCCUUUAAAUACCUUUCACCCCAGGGGGGUGGGGGGGAGGAAUCGUCUUUUCCCCGACACACCUGGGUCCCUGGUGGCUGACUGGAGGAGGAGCUGCUGGGGGGGUUAGGCCCCUUCCCCUCCCAUGCCCCCCUUUCCACCCCCUCUCCUCAUUGUCCUGUUUUUCCAUUCACCUUUCUUUUGGAGCAAUAAAUAAACUGCACCAUUUGUAAAAGCCGCG